CUGCUUCCCUUGUUUGCCAUUAAACUGUUUCCGCCGCGGACCAAGAGAAAAAGGUGUUGUUUUGCCAUUAUAUCUCGUGUUUUCUUAACUUUUCGCAAUGGGAAAAGCAGAUUUUCUCAGCCCUAAGGCGAUUAGCAAUCGAAUAAAAGCCAAAGGUCUCCAGAAGCUGCGAUGGUACUGUCAGAUGUGUCAGAAACAAUGUCGAGAUGAGAAUGGCUUUAAAUGUCACUGCAUGUCGGAGUCGCACCAGCGGCAGCUGCUGCUGGCCUCAGAAAACCCCACCAAAUUCAUGGACUACUUCUCCAAUGAGUUCAAGAGCGACUUCGUGGAGCUGCUCAGGAGACGUUUUGGGACCAAGCGAGUGCACAACAACAUUGUCUAUAAUGAGUACAUCAGUCACCGGGAGCACGUCCACAUGAACUCCACACAGUGGGAGACGCUCACUGACUUCACAAAAUGGCUGGGCAGAGAAGGUUUCUGUAAAGUUGACGAGACCCCUAAAGGGUGGUACAUCCAGUACAUCGACCGCGAACCGGAGACCAUCCGCCGGCAGGAGGAGGCGGCGAGGAAGAAGAAGCAGGACCUGGAUGACGAGGAGAGGAGUGCCAAGUUCAUCGAGGAGCAGGUCCGCAGAGGCCGCGACUGCAAGGAGACGGAUGAGACUCCAGUUUAUACGGAACUCAAACGCGAGAGUGAGGAAGAAAAAGUUGCUUUCAACAUGGGAGCCUCUUCAUCAGUAGCUGGACCCUCCAAGUCAAGCUCUCUCCUGGGAGCCAGCGCUCUUAAAACAGCAGCGUCGUCCUCCUCAGUCAAAAGGAAAGACACGUCCUCCAGCUCAGACUCCAGAGGGGAGAAGAAGAAGAAGAAGUCUGCCCUGGAGGAGAUCAUCGAGAUAGAGGAGAAGAAAAGGCGUCAACAGCAGUCGGUCAGAACUGAUAACUGGCUGCAGCCCAACAUUGUCGUCAAAGUUGUCACCAAGAGGCUCGGAGAGAAGUACCACAAGAAGAAGGCUGUCAUCAUGGAGGUUCAAAACAAAUACGGUGCAGUGGUGAAAAUGAUCGACUCCGGAGACAAACUGAAGCUGGACCAGGAUCAUCUAGAAACAGUCAUACCUGCACCUGGUAAACAGGUUCUGAUCGUGAAUGGUCCGUUCCGAGACACAGAAGCCCUGCUGGAGGGGAUCGACGAGAAGAACUUCACUGCCACUCUCACACUUGACUCUGGUCAUCAGAAAGGGAAGAGGGUGGACAUCGCCUAUGAAGACUUCUCAAAACUGGCCUGAACACGCAAACGUCUGAACAUCAGGCAGCCGUCAGGCUGAGGGACUCUACUGUGUCAGAGUUAAUCCCCCAACAUUCACCUGUACAUACAUGCAUCCAAUAACUCACACUUUUGAAGCAAUCAGGGAUCCUAAAAGCAAUGGUUAAAUUUUGUCCUUUUUUUAAAUUUUGUGACAAUAUUCAGGUUGAUCUCAACAUUUUGGAUGUAGAUCUUUGUUCAAAUAAAGUUGACAA